AUGCACAUCUGGAGUUUCUGCAUUUCAAGGUGUCCUAGGCAUUCGUGUCGGCUUUCCAAUGAAUAUCCACGGGCGGAACAGGUUAUGGGUGGUUGGCGAAAAUUUCACCCUGGGUUCCAGUCAUGCUUUUACGGCGCGUUUGUCUGCAUCUGGGUCUGGCUGAAGAGGAUAUACCUUUCGAGUGGGUUACACGGGGUGUUUAUCUGUUGGGGUCAACGGUUGUCCCCGGUUCUUUCGCUUUCUGGGUCGGUGGGGAGUUUUUGCGGGUUUCUUGCUUUUCAUGCUUCCGUCACUGGUCUUGCGAUCUGGCAGGAUCCGGUGGGAGGCAUCUGCGACAGGGAGUGGUGGACUUGUUCCAGCUCUUGUAAUCUUGGGACGUCAUGUAUAGGUUGGCACAUCUGGCCAUAA